AUGGCGAAAGGAGAACAUCAGCCGGGGUCCAACUCCAAAGACACCGGCCUUGCCAACAGGACAAGAUGGGCCACGAGGAAACUCACCAUCAAGAGCAGUGGCAACAAGAGGAUAUCUAUUAUGGACCGGUUGCACAAGAGGACGGGAUCGACAGAGAAGAAGCGCCAGUCGGGUAUGAGCCACACAACGCUUGGCGAUGGACAAGAGUCGACAGUCCUGGGAGGCAGUCGCGGCGGUGAUGCGUCCAGUCAGGCCCCAAACACAGAUGAGGGGGAAGAGGACAGCGGGCGAAGAGUCUUCUUCAACUUGCCUCUGCCGGACGACAUGAAGGAUGAAGAGGGUCACCCGAUCACUGUCUACACGAGGAACAAAAUCCGCACGGCCAAGUACACACCGCUCUCGUUCAUUCCCAAGAACCUGUGGUUUCAAUUCCACAACGUGGCCAAUAUUUUCUUCUUAUUCAUGGUCAUUCUUAUCAUAUUUCCGAUUUUCGGCGGGACGAAUCCCGGGCUGAACGCCGUGCCAAUCAUUUUCAUCAUUGUCGUAACUGCCAUCAAAGAUGCCGUCGAGGACUACCGUCGAACGAUCAUCGAUCAGGAGCUCAACAAUGCCCCAGUACAUCGUCUCGUUGGCUGGGAUAACGUCAAUGUUGAAGAGGACAAUGUCUCACUAUGGAGGAGGAUCAAGAAGGCCACCUCGGCCUUCUUUGGCGCCAUAUGGCGUGCGAUUCAGUCCCUUUGGACAAAGAAAGACAGCAGUGUCGGUAUGCUCCGGAAUUCCUCGGAUCCUCGACCCUCUUUAGAGACGAUGGCCACCAAGCGACACUCGAUGAUGUCUCCUCGGACAGACCGCACAUCUUUUGUGUCAGCUCGAGAAGAGAUCCAAAUGACUCCUGUCCCAUCUCCGCUACCCCAACAACAACAGCACGCCAACUUGCUCGAAGUGACUGAGACCAAGGAUACCCGGCCGUCUUUUGAGGCUGAGGAGCCCGAGACAUUAGCACGAAUUGAUGGUGAUCUCAUCAACCACAGCAUCGAAGCCACCGGCAAGGCCAGAUUCCAUAAGGAUGCAUGGAAGAAUCUCGUCGUAGGCGACUUCGUUCGUCUCUACAAUGAUGACGAGGUUCCCGCCGACAUUGUCGUUUUAGCCACAUCUGAUUCAGAUGGUGUAUGCUAUGUCGAGACCAAGAAUCUGGAUGGUGAGACGAAUCUCAAGUAUCGGCAGGCUCUCCGCUGCGGCCGAACAAUGAAACACGCGCGCGACUGCGAACGGGCUCAAUUCGUGGUGGAGAGCGAGUCCCCUCAGCCGAAUCUGUACAAGUACAGCGGUGCCAUCAAGUGGCAACAGCAGAUCCCAGGCAAGAAGGGUCCCAAGUCCAUGGAAGAGCCCAUCGGCAUCGACAACACACUUCUCCGCGGUUGCAACCUCCGCAACACCGACUGGAUAUUGGGUAUCGUCAUUUUCACAGGCAACGAUACCAAGAUCAUGAUGAAUUCUGGCAUGACGCCUAGCAAGCGCCCUCGGAUCGCCCGCGAACUCAACUUCAACGUCUUUUGCAACUUUGGUAUCCUCUUCGUCAUGUGCAUACUGUGCGCACUCGUCAAUGGAGCGGCUUGGGCCAACCCGACGUCGUCUUCGCGCUGGUUCGAAUAUGGCGCCAUCGGUGGUACUCCUGAGAUGACGGGCUUCAUCACAUUUUGGGCUGCUCUGAUUGUCUUCCAGAACUUGAUCCCCAUCUCACUAUACAUCUCGCUCGAGAUUGUGCGAACAUUGCAGGCCAUCUUCAUAUAUAGCGACGUCGAGAUGUACUACGAGCCUAUCGACUACCCUUGUGUCCCAAAGUCUUGGAAUAUCUCGGACGAUGUCGGUCAGAUCGAGUAUAUCUUCUCGGACAAGACCGGCACGCUUACGCAGAACGUCAUGGAAUUCAAAAAGGCCACAAUCAACGGACAGCCAUAUGGUGAGGCGUACACCGAGGCCCAGGCUGGAAUGCAACGGCGCUUAGGCAUUGAUGUCGAGAAAGAGUCUGCCAAGGCCCGCCGGGAGAUUGAAGCAGGCAAGGUACAUGCUCUUGAAGGCCUACGGCGACUCCACGAUAACCCCUAUUUGCACGACGAGGACAUUACCUUCAUUGCGCCGGAUUUCGUAGACGACCUGCAGGGCAUCUCCGGAGAUGAGCAGAAAGAAGCCAACUACCACUUUAUGCUCGCCCUCGCUCUUUGUCACACCGUCAUCGCUGAGCAUGUUUCCGGGGAGAAGCCAAAGGUCGAGUUCAAGGCCCAAUCUCCCGACGAAGCAGCACUUGUCGCCACGGCCCGCGAUAUGGGCUUCGUCGUACUUGGCUCUACUACCGACGGCAUACGGGUCAAUGUAAUGGGCAAUGAGGUGUGCUAUGAAGUGCUCAACACGAUCGAAUUCAACUCAACCAGGAAGCGGAUGAGUACAAUCGUCAAGAUGCCUGACGGUCGCAUCAUACUGUACUGCAAGGGCGCUGACAGUAUAAUUUACUCUCGUCUCAAGCGCGGCGAGCAGGCCGAGCUGCGAAAGACGACUGCCGAGCACCUGGAGAUGUUUGCUAGAGAGGGCCUCCGGACACUCUGCAUUGCCGAACGUGUCUUAUCGGAGCGCGAGUAUCUCGAAUGGCGCAAAGAGCACGACAAGGCUGCGACUGCUCUGCACCAGCGUGAGGAGAGACUGGAAGAAGUUGCCGACAAAAUCGAGCAGGAUUUGACGCUGCUCGGAGGCACUGCUAUCGAAGAUCGCCUCCAGGAUGGUGUCCCAGACACAAUCGCUCUACUGGCCGAGGGUGGCAUCAAACUCUGGGUCUUGACUGGAGACAAGGUCGAGACCGCCAUCAACAUCGGGUUUUCCUGCAACCUACUCAACAAUGACCUCGAACUCAUCCAUCCAAAGGUUGCCGAGGACGAGAGUGGCGCGACGCCUGACGAGGAAUAUCUGGGCGUGCUGGAACAGGAGCUCGACAAGUAUCUGCAGCACUUUGGGCUCACUGGCAGUGAUGAAGACCUCAAAGCCGCACGAAAGUCUCAUGAGCCUCCGGCGGCGACUCAUGCUCUGAUCAUCGAUGGUUUCACGCUAAGAUGGGUUCUCCACGAUGACCUGCGUCAGAAGUUCUUGCUACUCUGCAAGCAAUGCAAAGCUGUCCUCUGCUGCCGCGUUAGCCCGGCUCAGAAGGCUGCGGUCGUUGCCAUGGUCAAGUCCGGGCUGGACGUCAUGACUCUAUCGAUUGGCGACGGCGCGAAUGAUGUUGCCAUGAUCCAGGAAGCCGAUGUCGGUGUCGGUAUUGCUGGUGUCGAAGGUCGUCAAGCUGUCAUGUCUGCUGACUACGCCAUUGGCCAAUUCCGCUUCCUGCAGCGCUUGGUUCUAGUCCAUGGUCGCUGGUCCUACAGGAGAAUGGCUGAAGCAACUGCCAGCUUCUUCUACAAGAGUAUCAUCUGGACGUUCACCAUUUUCUGGUUUCAAUGCUUCUGCAACUUCGACAUCACCUAUCUCAUGGAGUUCACGUACAUUCUCAUGUUCAAUCUUCUCUUCACUUCUGUCCCGCCCAUCCUGCUGGGUGUCCUCGAUCAGGAUGUGUCCGACAAAGUGUCGCUCAAGGUCCCCCAGUUGUACCGACGAGGUAUCGAGCGCCUGGAAUGGACACAAUCCAAGUUCUGGUACUACAUGUUGGACGGCUUCUAUCAGAGUGUUCUGAACUUCUUUAUCCCCUACCUGACCAUUACGGGUGGUGCCAUUGUCACAUCGAACGGUCUUGAUGUCACGGACCGCCUCCGCCUUGGCGCUUAUGUCGCCCAUCCGUCUGUCAUCACGAUCAAUCUCUACAUCUUGCUUAACACGUACCGAUGGGAUUGGCUGCAGGUCUUGGUCGUCGUCCUUAGCGACCUCUUCAUAUUCUUCUGGACAGGUGUCUACACUUCUUUCACGUACUCUCAGUACUUCUACAAGGCUGCCGCGCAGAUCUAUGGCGAGCCAUCAUUCUGGGCUGUGUGCAUCAUCACCCCAAUCGCGUGUGUGGCGCCGAGAUAUGCCAUCAAGGCUUUCCAGAAAGUCUACUGGCCCCUGGACGUUGACAUUAUCCGGGAGCAGGUGUCAAUGGGCAUGUUCAAGGAUGAAGCGGAUAACUCAGUUGAUGAGAAGGGUCAUAAGACUAGCUCGUCGGAUCUGUCCGACUCUGUGAGACGUCGCCACCAACAAAUGGCGAGCGUUGACGACGACCUUCGACCGAUCUACCCGCCCUCCGUUGUCACCCAGUCCGGAGCCACGCACAACACACGCAGUCAGAACGGCAGCGAUGGGACAAACUACACCCGCCACGACCAGUCGCUUGAUCUCCCUGUUGAACAGCAGCCUGCGGAUCCUGCGGUGCCCAAACCCCCGCGCCAUGCCGUCAACCCCUCUGUAGACCGUAUCCGGCCAUCUUACGACCGCAUAAGGGCGUCGAUGGACCAGAUACGCCCAAGCUUCGAGGCCAGCCACGACUUCACCUCGGCGGCCAUGCUCAGCAGAUAUGAGUCGUCGCACUCGACGGGGCCGCCUCCUCAGGGGAUCGUCGGCAAGAUCAGGCGCCGGACUCGAGGCAAGUCCUUCAAGUCGCCAUUCAACGCGUUCCACCACAAAGACCACGACGCGCCCCAUCCUCCGCCCACCCCGAAGCACGAUGAGACAUAA